AGCCCCGGCUCCCGCGGCGCGGAGUCAGGGGCGCCCGCGGCUGUCUGCUCUUCUCACCCGGGCACCUCCUGAGCGACAGCGGCGAGCUCCCCGCAAGCCCGUAGACCCCCCGACGGGACGACCUUGGCUGGCAGAUCCCCACCCCCAUCACACGGGUCCACGAGCUUCGGUUCGCCCUGUCUACCCCAGCUCUGGCACGGGUCGAGGACGGAGGCGGCGAGCGCGAGGGGGACCCUGCCUCCCUGCUCGUAUAUGGCAAAGUUUCUCGCGGCGCUCCUGGGCUGCACGCUGCCGAGCAAGGGCGCCUCUCCCAUGCUGGAGGGCACCAUUUUUAGCACACUGGCUGGUGAGAAGUCCUCAUCCAAUUACAAAAAGGAGCAGCAAUGGAAACCUGUCUACUGCAGCCUCGCUGCCAUGUGCCUUCCGAACCCUCUCAUUGAGAAGCCAGGAGGCAAAAUACCAACCAAGAUUCCAAAUAUAUCUACCUCACCCCUGGACAUUUUUAUCCAUCCUUUAAAGACCUUCAUCCUUCCAUGUAGCUCUGCUCAGGCUGCCACUCCUGAGACCAACCACUUUGCCUGUCUCUCAGUGUCACGGUCCUUAAGUUCUAUUUCCAACUUGCACCAACAAGACUGAGGGAAAAAAAAGAAACCAUAAUUCUCUCAGCAAUAAAUUUAGAUAUUAAAAUUAUUAAAAUACAUAAUUCUAUAAUGUUAUCUAUAGCACAGUACAUUAUAUCACAGCAACUCUCCCAAAGCAAAAUUAGCCCAUCUCAACAUUGGCAAAACAUAAAUCAGGGCAGAGAUCUUAGCACCUUCUUUUCUCUGUCUGAAAUAAGACAACAGAACCUCAAUGGCUGAAAAGAGACCCAGCUUUUUUUUUUUUUUUUUUUUUUGUCACAUAGCAGAUGUCACAUAUAGUUCAACAGAAUUCCAAAUUUGCUCACAAGAGCUUUCAAAUUGACAAGGCUUGUCCUAUCAGUGACAUUACUGUUUGAUUAUGAGCCUGUUCCUUUAAGACACCAGGCAUUCUCUAAGUCAGAGCACAUAGCCUAAGAAACCAAGCCCUAUCCCCUUUCAGAGCUGAUAGGACCCUUCUGUGGGGAUGAAAACUCUAUAGGGGAAAAGCAAAUCCAUGAUAAAGGAAACCUAACCAUGCCUUGAUCCUGAAGCUGAUGCCUGCAGAAAUGGUAGAGUGGUGUCUUCCUAGUUCCUAAAUUAUGCUCAGAUUCCCAGUGUCUCGGAGAGCUAGCUCUUCCCUCUCUUGCUGUAGCCACUCUCUUUCUCUACUUAAUAGACCCAAAGAGCACAACAGAAGGAUCCCAAAGACAAAGCCAAUCAACAAUUGGAAGCACCCCAAAACGGUUCAAAAGAACCUCAAAAGAGCAAAAAAGCAGGUCCAAGGUGCACCGAGAGAGGAGAAACUUCCCAAGGGUUCAACUUUCUCUAGAAUUCAGAACAAAAUUCUGUUCUUGAUUUUGCACUUUUCGCCAAAUAGAGGUAAAAACACAGGAAAUGUCUCUGGAGAUUAGUGACUUUGGCUGCUGCAACUACCUUUCCUAUCCACCCACCGUCAAAUACUUCAGGCAACAGAUAUCCUCAAACUGUGCCUUUACAUCCCUUCAUGGUCUCUAUAUUGUCACCAGACCUAGCUAUGGAUUCUAGCCUGUGCUAGCCUGAGCCAGAUUGUACCUCCCAUCUUCUGUAAGCUAAGUAGAGUAGUCAACUUAUUCGUGAAAACCAGAAAACAAAAUAUAAAUUCAAUAUGGUCACAUUGAGAAGAGGGAAAAAGAAACUCAGUAAUGUUUCCAAUUUUAUCUCCAGGGAUCCUGACGUAAGGAGGUUUAGAUAGAGAGCAAGAGACAUGCAUGAUUGGUCCAGCAAGGAGUGGCCCCCUGGCCACCUGGGACCCAGCCUCAAGUCUGACCUUCAAGACCAUCUGACACUUUGGGAAUUUUUGUCCAGAAGACAAGAUCAUCCUCUGGCUUCCCCCCAGGCUUCAGCCAUUUCCUUCCUGCCCAGUAGAUCUCUAGAAAAAUUCUAAUUUCUUCAGGUCCACUGUUCCAAUAGUCUGAUAGCCAGAGAAGGGAACACAGUUGUCUUUUUAGAAUAUAGUCAUUCCUGCCAGGCAGACUAGCAACAAAACCACUACCCCCUCAUCCACCCCUUGCUCAUGUAAAAUCACUGUGCAACUUGAUUAGAGGGUUACCAGUACUCUCAGUGGGAGCUAUGCCUGGCUUCCCUCUCCUCCUCUAAGUCCCCCCCCACUGCAACAUAUUUACUAGGUGUCUGUUAAUGCCACAAAUCUAUUUCUUCCCACUCAUCCCCUGGGUAUUUGGAUGGUUCAUUUAAUUAAAUAAUGACCUGUAAUGGGUUAAUAACGGGCAGUCAGAGAGCUAAGGUGUGGCCCUUUGAAGGUCCCCUCCCAGGGUGAUUUCAUCAGUUCUCUCUAUUUAGUUUUCUAAUGCUGACAGAGGAACCAAGGGCUUCACACAUGCUAGGCAAACAAUCUAGCAUCAUGCCAACUACUGAGCUCGCAUUCCUUCUGGGUGCCUCAUCUUACAAAAGAGUAUGGAUAAUGUAUAAUCUUCAUGUGUCAGCAUACAGGUACAUAGCAGUGAGUUUGUUUAAUAUUUUUAAAGCAAGGUGUCUACACAGGCAAGGAGACAAGAAUCUCAGGUAAAUGCUGAACACCCCCACAUCAAUCUCUAGCCUCAGCACAUGUGUGUGGGUAUGGGCAGACACACACACACACACACACACACACACACACACACACACACAGCCCCAGCAUUGGAGAGCAGAGGCAGGCUAAACCUCGGGGCUUGCUGGCCUGUCAGCUUAACCAAAUCAGGAAGCUCUAGGUUCAGUCUCAAGAAAGGAAGUGAAGAGUCGAUUGAACAAGACAUCUAUAUCAGCCUCUGGCUUCCAGAUGCACCGUCAUGGGGCAAGCUUCCUCACAUUACUCACACAUACAUACAUGCACAUACACCAUAUGUGCAAAAGAAUUUUGAGUAGAUUAAAAUGUGUGUUUCACUUUUAAAAAGAUAUUUGUUUUAAAGAUAGAAGAAAAUGAAGUUGGAAGAAAAUUUAAAAGAAAUCCAUCCUAUGAUGUUAUACUUCAGUCAUUUACUUACACAGACAGUCCUUUUCUCAGAAAUGAGUAAGACCAGUGUGGCCCUGCCCCAUAGCUUCAGGCUACAGCUGCAGGGGAGGAGAGUGAUGUUAAGGAAAAGACCCUGACUGGUCUGUGAACCUUCACUUCCUACUCUGACAAGGUGCCUUUUGACUCUACUGAGUCUGUGAUUUAGAUGUGACCUAGUUUCUGUGACCUAUGCAAGAAAUGGAUGAUUAAAGCUUUUG